UUAUAAUUUUUUUUAACAUCAUUUGCCUACAGAAAUAAAUUAAAAUCAUUGGAUAAAAAUCUGUAGCAUUCAUAUUAAGUCAACUUUGGAGAAUGUUUUGGUUAGUGGGAUAUUUUGUUUAAGUCUCUGUUCUUUAUGUAUACUAAUAGAUAUUUAUUUACCAUUCUGAAUAAUUUCAUUUUUCUCUUUUUCAGUUUUAGAAAGAGCAUUUUCACUACAUAAAGCACAUUCUACAAAGGAUAUGGAAAAUACUUUUCAGCUGGUGAGAAAUAUUAUACCUCCUCUAAGUGCCAAGAAGUUCAAAGGGCAAGAUGGAAGAAUAGGAAUAGUUGGAGGAUGUCAAGAGUACACUGGAGCCCCAUAUUUUGCAGCAAUCUCAGCUCUCAAAGUGGGUGCAGAUUUAUCCCACGUGUUCUGUGCCAGGGAGGCCGCGCCUGUGAUCAAGUCCUACAGCCCAGAACUGAUUGUCCACCCAGUUCUGAGUGGCUGGAGAGUCCGAGGUCCAGAGGAGGUCUGUGGCCUGUGUGUGGACAGGGCUGCUUAUGGCAGAAAACAGUGGACCUUCCAGGCAGUAACAAGACCCUUCGUGUGUUCUGGGUUUGGUGAGGUCAGCAUUGAGCCAAGCAAACUUCUGCUCUCGUGGGGCUCCCCCAGAGCAGCCCUGUGCAUAGAACUUCCAGCAGCACAGAUAAUGCCUUUCAGUGACAGCCCUGAUGCCGUUCAUGAGGUGGAAAAGUGGCUCCCUCGAUUGCAUGUCCUUGUCAUAGGACCUGGCUUAGGCAGAGAUGACACUCUUUUAGAAAACGUCAAGGGCAUUUUGGAAGCAUCAAAGGCCAGGGGUAUCCCCAUCGUUGUGGACGCGGAUGGCCUGUGGCUGGUUACUCAGCAGCCAGCCCUUAUCCAAGGCUACAAGAAUGCUGUUCUAACUCCCAACCACAUGGAGUUUGGCAGACUGCACAAAGCCGUGCUUGGAGGUCCUGUGGACAGUGCUGAUCAACGUGCAACUGUGCUGAGUCUCAGCCAGGCCCUGGGGAACGUGACUGUGGUCCGGAAAGGAGAGCACGACAUGAUCUCUGAUGGCCAACAGGGUGGUAACAAACCAUUCCCAGGCUGGCUUGGGUCCACAGAUGAAGAGCUCAGGAUUAAACAGCGCUUUGAAAAACAAAAAAAGAGCCUAUCUGGACUCAAACCAAAAGUUACACCCUGAUGUGCCUAAAAGUAUUGGUUUAGCACGAGAAUUCCAAAAUCAGACACGGAUUCAAGCUGGGGAGCAACACGACGAAAAUUGCUCUCAAGAUUCUCCGAUGACCUCUGUACAAGUUUUCCACCUAUUUUUCAAAAUCCAAUUUCAGGUUUUGCUUUGGAAAGCUUGACUCAAAAGAGAAAAACCCAGAAACGCACAAUGCAACCUGACAAAGCUUAAAAUAAAAAUAAAGUUGCCAGGACUGAUAGGGUUACUGUGAAGUCUCUAACUGGAAGACCUGUAAAGAUAAAAUUACCAUUGUUGACACAGCAAGGACAGGAUCCCAGACAGGGAGAGGCAGAGGAGGACUCCCUGUGGGCAGAGGUGAGGGGACAGCAUAUUCCAAACGGACAAUUCCAGGACAUCAAUUUAUAGAUGGGAAAAAAGGGGCAGGGAAGCCAAAGUGGCUUUUCCAGAGUGUUGAUGCAGCACAGUGUAGAUCAGGAUUGGAAUCUCCUGCUGCCACCCGUGGCGGUCAGUCUGCUUCACGAGCUUUUAGAACAGGCUGAGGCUUGGAGGGAAGCUGAGGCAGCAGGGGGUGGCCAAGGCCCCCCGUGGCCACUUCUGACCUUUGUGUGUCUGACUCAUGUACAUCCAGGGGAGAGGGGUCCUGCGUAGGAGUCCACAUCCUCCUGCUCUGCUAUUCAGGGAUGGAUCAGUGUUUCCCUAAAUCCCACGGCGGCAGAUUAAGUGUCCUGCGCCCCAAUCCCACCCAAAAUUCCCACUGGAAAUGAGUUCCCAAAGCAGCU